GGCGGGGGGGGGGGUUACGCGCCAGCCGCGCCUUCCUGCUCCAGGAAAGAGUUUUUUGCCCAAACGCGGUGCGGCACGGAGCCCGGAGAGGCGGGAGAGAGCGGCUGGAGGUUGCGGGAGAGCCUGUCGCGCCGUGACGCCUCGUGGUGAUGCCAUUUCACCCCGAGCGCUGCCUUGGGGGGGCCCCAGUGACCCCAAACAGCCCCAGAUUGUCCCUGAACUGUUCCCAAAUCCCCCAUUUUCCCUCUUUCCCCCUGUUUUCCAGGCGGGAGAGAGCGGCUGGAGGCGGCGGGAGAGCGGCCGGCGGUGGCGGGAGAGCCCGUCGCGCCGUGACGCCUCGCGGUGACGCCGUUUCACCCCGAGCGCCGCCGCGGGGGGCCCCGGUGACCCCGAAGAGCCCCGGCUCGUCGUGCCCCCCUCUCCGCGCGCGGCGAUGGCGGAGGAGCCGGUGGUGCCGGUGUACUGCACGGGCGUCUCGGCGCAGGUGCAGCGGCAGCGCGCCAGGGAGCUGGGGCUGGGGCGGCACGAGAACGCCGUGCGCUACCUGGGCCAGGACUUCGAGGCGCUGCGCGGCGCCUGCCUGCGCGCCGGCUCCCUCUUCCGCGACGACGCCUUCCCGCCGCACGCCGCCUCCCUCGGCUUCCGCGAGCUGGGGCCCGGCUCCGCCAAGACCCGCGGCGUCCAGUGGAAGAGGCCCUCGGAGCUGUGUCCGCAGCCGCAGUUCAUCGUGGACGGCGCCACCCGCACCGACAUCUGCCAGGGAGCGCUGGGCGACUGCUGGCUGCUGGCCGCCAUCGCCUCGCUGACGCUCAACGACGCCAUCCUGCACCGCGUGGUGCCGCACGGGCAGAGCUUCCAGCACGGCUACGCCGGCAUCUUCCACUUCCAGAUCUGGCAGUUCGGCGAGUGGCUGGACGUGGUGGUGGACGACUACCUGCCCACCAAGGACGGCAAGCUGCUCUUCGUGCACUCGGCCGAGGGCGCCGAGUUCUGGAGCGCGCUGCUGGAGAAGGCCUACGCCAAGGUGAACGGCUGCUACGAGGCGCUCUCGGGCGGCAGCACCUCGGAGGGCUUCGAGGACUUCACCGGCGGCGUCACCGAGUGGUACGACCUGCGCAAGCCCCCCGGCGACCUCUUCCACAUCAUCCUCAAGGCCCUGGAGCGCGGCUCGCUGCUCGGCUGCUCCAUCGACAUAACGAGCGCCUUCGACAUGGAGGCGGUGACCUUCAAGAAGCUGGUGAAGGGCCACGCGUACUCGGUGACGGGGGCCAAGCAGAUCAGCUACCGCGGCCAAGCGCUGGACCUCAUCCGCAUGCGCAACCCCUGGGGAGAGGUGGAGUGGACCGGGCCCUGGAGCGACAACUCGUCCGAGUGGAACGCGGUGGAGCCGGCACUGAGGCAGCAGCUGGUGGUGAAGAUGGAGGACGGCGAGUUCUGGAUGUCCUUCCGGGAUUUCCUGCGGGAAUUCACCCGCCUGGAGAUCUGCAACCUCACCCCGGACGCCCUCAAGUCCCGCAAGUUCCGCAAGUGGAACACGAAGCUCUACGACGGCACGUGGCGGCGCGGCAGCACCGCCGGCGGCUGCCGCAACUACCCCGCCACGUUCUGGAUAAACCCCCAGUUCAAAAUCCGCCUGGAGGAGGCGGACGACGAGGACGACUCCGGGCGCGAGCCGGGCUGCAGCUUCCUGCUGGCGCUGAUGCAGAAGCACCGCCGCAGGGAGCGCCGCUACGGCAAGGACAUGGAGACCAUCGGCUUCGCCGUCUACGAGGUGCCCCCCGAGCACGUGGGGAAGGCGGGCGUGCACCUGAAGCGGGACUUCUUCCUGGCGAACGCGUCGCGCGCCCGCUCGGAGCAGUUCAUCAACCUGCGCGAGGUGAGCACCCGCUUCCGGCUGCCGCCCGGCGAGUACGUCGUGGUGCCCUCCACCUUCGAGCCCAACCGCGAGGGCGACUUCGUGCUCCGCGUCUUCUCCGAGAAGAGCGCCGGCACCCAGGAAAUGGAUGACGAGAUCCAGGCCAGGUUGCCGGACGAGAAAGUGCUCUCUGAGAGCGAGAUCGACGACAGCUUCAAGCAGCUCUUCAAGCAGCUGGCGGGGCCGGACAUGGAGAUCAGCGUCAAGGAGCUGCAGACCAUCCUCAACAGGAUCAUAGGAAAACACAAAGACCUGCGGACCAAGGGCUUCAGCGUGGAGUCGUGCCGCAGCAUGGUCAACCUCAUGGACAAAGACGGGAACGGGAAGCUGGGGCUGGUGGAGUUCAACGUGCUCUGGAACCGCAUCCGGAAUUACCUGGCCGUUUUCCGCAAGUUCGACCUGGACAAGUCCGGGAGCAUGAGCGCCUACGAGAUGCGCAUGGCGCUGGAGGCGGCAGGCUUCAAGCUGAACAAGAAGCUGCACGAGCUGAUCAUCACCCGCUACGCGGAGCCCGACCUGGCCAUCGACUUCGACAACUUCGUCUGCUGCCUCAUGCGCCUGGAGACCAUGUUCCGGUUUUUCCAAGCGCUGGACGGGGAUAAGGACGGCGUCGUCACUUUUGACCUGCUGAAGUGGCUGCAGCUCACCAUGUUCGCUUGACGCGGAGCCCGCGCCGCCCCAGCCGCCAAGUGCCUUCGCCGGGGGAGCCUCUCCUCCGGCCCCCGCGCCUCGCCUCGCUUCGGACCCGCGGAGAACGGCCUCGCUUCCCGCCUCGCCGCUGCCUGCCUUUCGGGAUCGACGGUGGUGGAGGAGCCGGCGAGCGGAGCCCCGGAGGGCUCAACGCGCCCGACGCCCCCGCCGUCCUCGGUGCCUUCCCCCCGCUUCGGUUUUGGGUCGCUUCCCCGGCCAAGUCCUCCUGCUCCCGGCUUUUCCGGGGGUGAGCACGCUUGGCCCCCGCCAAGAUCAGGGAUACCCCCCGCGCCCCUCUCCUGGGAACAGUUUUGUCUUGUUUUUUUACUGUAUAAGUUUGUUUUAAUGGUGGGAGGAAAAAAAAAAACAAACGAAAAAACGUUAUUAAAAGUG